AUGGCCGACACUGGGGCUACAGAAGCCGGACAACUACCGACGAGCCCGGCACGGCGAGGAAGAGGAGGCCGAGGGCGUGGGAGGGGACCGCGCUCGGGAGCAGAGGACGAUCUCGAACACUCUGGCUCCCGGGGUCGUGGUAGAGGCGGCCCUGCAAGUGGCCGUGGUCGUGGUGGUCGUGGGAGAGGGGAUGGCGCAAACAGUCGUGGUGGACGGCAGACGGCGGACAAGGGCAAGGCGCCCGCUGUAAAAGGGGAAGAAGCGAGCGAAACUCUCCCUGCAAUCGCGAAACCUGUUGCGCCGGCAGAAGAGGCCGUGGACGAUGACGCGGAAGUCUGCUUCAUUUGCGCCUCACCCGUACAGCACACCGCAAUUGCACCAUGCAACCACAGAACGUGCCACAUUUGCUCCAUUCGAAUGAGGGCCCUCUAUAAGACCAAGGCUUGCGCGCACUGCAGGACAGAAUCUGACCAUGUCAUCCUCACCGACGACCACGAGAAGCUAUUCCAGGACUUCUCCGCGAAUGACUUCUUCAAGGUCGAUGACAACCUCGGGAUCAAUUUCGAGAAGCCUGAGAUUUUCGAGGAUGCGAGACUCUUGCUGCAGUACAACUGUCCAGACGGCGAGUGUGAUGUUGCGUGCUUAGGGUGGCCGGAUUUACAUCGUCACACGAAGACGGCGCACACCAAGGUUAUGUGCGAUUUAUGUACUAGGAACAAGAAAGUAUUUACUCAUGAGCACGAGCUUUUCACCUUCGCCGACCUCAAGAAACACCAGAAGUUUGGCGACGAUAACCCCGGCGCAAUCGAUCAGAGCGGUUUCAAGGGACACCCCGAGUGCGGUUUCUGCCGUCAGCGAUUCUACGGAGAUGACGAGCUAUACACACAUUGUCGCGACAAGCAUGAGCGCUGCCACAUUUGCGAUCGCCGAGAAGGCAGCAGGCAACAGCAGUACUAUGUCAACUACGAUUCACUGGAGCAACACUUCCGGAAAGACCACUUUGUGUGUCCAGACCGAGAAUGCUUGGAGAAGAAGUUCGUUGUAUUCGAUUCGGAAAUGGAUCUCAAGGCCCAUCAGCUGGAGUCGCAUCCAAAUGGUCUGACCAAGGACGCUCUCCGGGAUGCGAGGAGGGUGGAUAUGUCGGGCUUUGGCAACUACCGCGCACCACACGAGCAGGAACACGGCAGGCGAGAUGACAGAAGACGAGAAGGCGGAAGGUCUCGUGGUAGGGGCAGAGAUCCCAACGCCGAGGCUGUGCCUGCAUCAUCCGCGCAGCCACUCAGCAGAGCAGAGCUUGCAUUCCAGCGUCAAAGGGAAGCUCAACAGUCUGGCGCAUCUGGGCGCACGUUUGGUGGCCAGCUCUCAGCUCCUACACCAGGAGAAGCAUUCGCGGCUCGGCCCGCGCCCAGCGCAUCUGCACCGGCUACACAAGCUGUUUCCAGGCCUAGCCAGCCGGCUACAAACAAUGUCACUAAUGGUGUCAGCAACCUGAACCUGAACACACAACUCUCUGUACCACAGACCCCUCAAGAUCAGGCGCGACUUCUGCGACACAAUGCCGUUACCGAACGAGCGACAAACAUGCUGCGCAGCGACCAGAUCAAGCUGCAGCAAUUCCGGGCUGACGUCUCGGCCUAUCGAAAUGACAAGGUGUCGCCGGCACAGUUCAUUGAAGGACUGUUCGCGCUUUUCGACAGUGACUCGAAGGAGCUAGGUAAACUGGUGAAGGAGCUUGCAGAUAUCUUCGAGAUCCCGGCUAAACAGCAAGGCCUGCUCAAGGCCUGGAGCGACUGGAAGGCUAUCAACGAGGACUACCCGUCGUUGCCUGGCUCGGCAACAGGACGCGCUCUGAACGGUGGCGGUGCGACCAGCGGAGGUUCAAGGGUGUUGAAGCUCAAGAGCUCGACAGCUCAGUCACAACGGUCGCAAGCCAACAGAAAAGCAAGUUGGUCAACCGCAACAUCAGGCAACUCAUUUCCCGCCUUGCCAGCAGCAGCCUCGUCAAGUCGUGGCGGUGGCAUCGGAGCCAAACCCGGUCAGACACCAUGGAUGUCGUCUUCUUCCAAGCCUGCCCCUGCUCGCAGCACGGGUGUGUCACCUACUCCAUCUCGAGUUGCGUCGUCAAGUGGACUCGCCAACAAGAGCAACAAGGCGAUUGCAGAUGCAUUCCCUGCUCUGCCCGCAGCACCCAAACCGACAAGCACCGUCUUCAGCCCAGGAUACACGGGUCUUGGUGUGCGACGAGAUAACAGUGGCCGAAACACACCUAUCAAUGCGGCCUGGGGUACGCCAAGUGCUGACGCAAGCGGAUCGACGACCCCCGCAGCAUUUGAUGAGAGUGCAGGAGGCAAGAAGAAGGGCAACAAGAACAAGAAGCAGACGCUGUUCCAUUUUGGUUAG